UGAUUGGUCAGGGAGUGGAAAGUGAAACUCGAACGGGCUCUUCGCGCAUUGCUUUUUCUCGCUCCAGUUAUUUUUGCUCUGCUGCAGACGGACCCCAGAAUAGAGUUGAACCUGCUAACCAGACUAUCCCAGACAGCCUCCAGGAAAGGUUUCUGGCAUCAGUUCUGAUCAAGGGGAGUGAUAGCUGACGUCCAGCCUGCUCUGUACCACCCCCGCCUCUCGGCUCUGCAGAAGGAUGUCUCAGUGGAGUGACCUACAAGGACUUGACUCCAAAUUCCUAGAGCAAGUGCAUCAACUUUAUGAUGAUAGUUUUCCUAUGGAAAUUAGACAGUAUCUGGCACCUUGGUUGGAAAAGCAAGACUGGGAACAUGCUGCCAUGGAUGUCUCCUUUUCCACAGUGUGUUUUCAUGAACUUCUCUCUCAGUUGGAUGAACAUUAUAGCCGCUUUUCUCUGCAGAACAAUUUUUUGCUACAACACAAUAUAAGGAAAAGCAAGCGUAAUCUUCAGGAUAAUUUUCAGGAAGAUCCAAUACAGAUGUCUAUGAUCAUCUCUAAUUGUCUGAAGGAAGAAAGGAAAAUCCUGGAAGCUGCCCAGCUAUUUGAACAGGCUCAUACAGGAAAUAUUCAGAAUGCUGUGGUUCCAGGCAAACAUAAGGAGAUUGAUCUGAAAGUGAAAAAUGUGAAGGAGAGAGUUAUGGACAUAGAACAAGAGAUAAAGGUGCUAGAAGAUUUACAAGAUGAACAUGACUUUAAAUGCAAAACCCUUAGUAACAGAGAGCAUGAAUAUGCUGGUGUAGCACUAAAUGAAAAUAAGCAGGAAAAGAUGUUAAUCCAAAAGAUGUACUUAAUGCUGGAUCAGAAGAGAAAGGAAGUUGUGCAGAAAAUAAUAGAUCUCUUGAAUGUGACAGAACUUACCCAGAAUGUUUUGCUUAAUGAAGAAUUGGUGGAAUGGAAGCAAAGACAGCAGUGUGCAUGUAUUGGAGGGCCUCCCAAUGCUUGCUUGGAUCAGUUACAGAACUGGUUCACCAUCAUUGCUGAAAGUCUUCAGCAAGCUCGCCAGCAACUUAAAAAACUUGAGGAGUUGGAACAGAAAUACACCUAUGAUUUGGAUCCUAUCCCGAAAAACAAAGAUAUUUUAUGUGACCGAACUUUGAGUCUUUUCAAGCAGCUAAUUCAGAGCUCAUUUGUGGUGGAAAGACAGCCAUGUAUGCCAACUCAUCCACAGAGGCCAUUAGUCCUGAAGACCGGAGUACAAUUCACUGUGAAACUGAGAUUGCUGGUGAGAUUACAGGAACUGAAUUAUAAUUUGAAAGUGAAAGUCUUAUUUGAUAAAGAUGUAAAUGAGAAGAAUACAGUAAAGGGGUUUAGGAAAUUCAACAUUUUGGGGACACACACAAAAGUAAUGAACAUGGAGGAAUCUACUAAUGGAAGCUUAGCAGCAGAGUUUCGGCAUCUGCAACUGAAAGAACAGAAAAAUGCAGGCACCAGAACUAAUGAGGGUCCUCUCAUUGUUACUGAAGAGCUUCAUUCCCUAAGCUUUGAGACCCAGUUGUGCCAGCCCGGCUUGGUAAUUGAUCUAGAGACAACAUCUCUGCCUGUUGUUGUGAUUUCCAACGUAAGCCAACUUCCCAGUGGAUGGGCAUCCAUUUUAUGGUACAACAUGCUAACAACAGAACCCAAGAAUUUAUCCUUCUUUCUGAACCCACCAUGUGCAAAAUGGUCUCAACUUUCAGAGGUGUUGAGUUGGCAAUUUUCGUCUGUCACAAAAAGAGGACUUAAUUUAGAACAGCUGAACAUGUUGGGUGAGAAACUCCUAGGGCCCAAUGCCUCCAUUUCCGAUGGUCUUAUUCCUUGGACAAGAUUCUGCAAGGAAAAUAUAAAUGAUAAAAAUUUUUCUUUCUGGCUUUGGAUCGAGGGCAUCCUUGAACUCAUUAAAAAGCAUCUAAUUUGUCUCUGGAAUGAUGGGUCUAUAAUGGGCUUUAUAAGCAAGGAGCAGGAACGGGCAUUAUUGAAAGAUCAACAACCUGGGACAUUUCUGCUGAGAUUCAGCGAAAGCAGUCGGGAAGGAGCGAUCACUUUCACUUGGGUAGAGAGAUUACAGAAUGAGCCCGUGUUUCAUGCAGUUGAACCAUACACGAAAAAAGAACUCUCUGCUGUUACUUUUCCUGAUAUCAUUCGGAACUAUAAAGUCAUGGCUGCUGAGAAUAUCCCUGAAAAUCCUCUGAAGUUUCUAUACCCAAACAUUGAUAAAGACCAUGCUUUUGGGAAAUACUACUCUAGGCCAAAGGAAGCACCAGAGCCAAUGGAAAUUGAUGGCCCCAAAGGGACUGGAUACAUCAAGACUGAACUAAUUUCUGUAUCUGAAGUUCACCCCUCCAGACUUCAGAGCACAGAAAACCUUCUGCCGAUGUCUCCUGAGGAGUUUGAUGAGGUUUCUCGGAUAAUGGGCCAUGUAGAACUCAGCAAUGUGAUGAAUGCAACCCUAUAAUAUGUGAAUUUCAUUCAUCUCUUCCGAACCAGACCUAUCUGCCCAUCAUUGGCUCACUCCAGCCAUUCUACUCCUCCACAGCCUCGGUUUUUAAAGAAAAGAAAGUCAUAUUAAUAAGUUUGCUUCCAAGUGAAUGUUUUCUUAUCUCAAAAACACCUGUUUUACUCUGAAGGUCUGCGCCAGCCUCACUGAAGGUAAAGCUGACAUGCAUAUGCAUUAGAUAUGGAGCAAAGGUAGGAGUCUUUUUAAGGGAACUUAACACAGUGCUGUGCACAUAGUGGGUGCCUAGUAAAGAUUUGGUUGAAAUAAUAGGUCAAAAUAUUUAUAGAGGGAAUUUUUCGUGUGGGAAUGAUGAUUUUCUACAUAGAAAAAAAAAGUUUUAUUUUAAUGGUUAAAAGACAAUUUCCAUGUUGUCAGUAUAGUAGAUCUGUCCCUCUCCCUCCUCCUUCCACACUCAAUGUUGCCAGACAUAGGCAUCUCACAUAGUAGAAACUCAAUUUUGGACAUUUCUCCCAACCCCCAAACUUCCACUGAAAAAGAGUGUCAUCAAUUGUAUAAGGUUUGCCAGACCAGCCAUUUAAAAAGAACAGAAUAAAUGAAUAUUUAUUGGUGGAACUGGCUGCUCAUUUGGGUUAAAGUUAAUGAAAAGCUGCUGGCUAAUGUCCACAGAGGCCAAAUACAUGUAGUAAAUUCACAAAUAGUAUUUCUGUUAAUCUAUCGCCUUACAAAGCUCUUUAAAAGCUUCUAUCUUAAUUAAGGUUGUCAGAAAUGAAUAUGUUUUUGCAUUUCUAAUCAGGUAACUAAAGCUCAACAAAUGCUUUAAUACAUCAGCACUCAUAGACAGGGCCAGAGGUGUGGUUUACACAAGUAAUUAACACUGACUAAAAAUGUAGAUAUGAACAAAUUGAGAAAUUGGUUAGGCAGUAGCUAGCUUUGACCUUUCAGCCAUCAGAUGUAAAUUUUACUUUUCAUGUGCAAAGACAAAUUAGGGACCUAAAAGUGACAGUAUCUGAAUGGGAACAAUAUGCAGAAAUUGACUAAUAUUGAAAUUCACAAUCUUAUCUGUAACAGACAAAAUGUUUGCUUUUCAAUGAAAACAGCACAAAUGUUAAUUUUAUUUUACUUUUUAAGUGAAAAUGUUAGAUUAGCACUUUGUUUUCAUUGUCUUCUGCCUUCUCUAACAUUGAAAUGAAAAGCUAUGAUAUGGGGGAGGGAGGAAGGAAGAGAAUCAAUAGGUUUUUACCUUUGUGAAAGUUACCUGAAAGAAAAUGCAUCUACUUGACCUAUUUAACUGUAUCUCAUUGUUUCUACCAUCAUUACAACUGUAUUUCUUGUACUUGUCAAUAUUUCUUUAAAUCAACUUUAAAACAAUCACAAAUGGAUGCUAAAGUAUUUCUGUUGAAUUAGGAUGCUUGGUGCUUUGCUGUCCUCAGUUAAAUCACUGCUUUUGUUCUAA